AUGGCUGUGAUAACUUCCACCUCGCUAACGGCAUCGGAACGUGCUGAUCUCACGAAAAUCCUUGCCAAGAUGUAUCCCCACGAUCCCUUCGAAGACAAUCUCACCUCCGAGACGAGUAUGCUUAUCGUGCAUUCCGGUAGAGACAAAUGGGCGCAAAGCCGUAAAUACCAACAUACCAUUAGUUCGCGGCCCGAUAUCCGGCUUGUCUCAUACGAGACCGUCCUUAAUACGUACAAUUCGUGGCUGCGGGGCGACGAGGUGGGCCUGCGGCCCGAAAAACUCAAGGUCAUGCCGGUUUUCGACAACGUGAGCGUGUCGAUCAGCCGGCUGGACGCAGAGUUGAGCUCGAAAAUUAGACAUAUGGUCGAAUCAAACGGUGGCAGCGUGGUUGAAUCGAUCAGCACGGUGUCGGACGUGCUUGUGACCACCGUUCCUGAAGGUCUCCGGUACUCCAAGGCCCGUGAAUGGGGUAUUCCCGUGGUAUCCCCAGACUGGGUGUAUGACAGCGUUGAGCGUGGCGGCAUGCUCAGCGUGACCGAGUAUUUUUUGACGGGAGAAAACAGCAAGGGCCGCCGCAACGACGCGUGCGAUUGGGAAAAGGUACGGGCAUGGAAGCAGGCAGAGCAGGACAAGUUGCAGACAGAAAAAGCGAAACGCAGUCUUGACACGCACGAGAAGGAGCGCGAUUUGAAAGUGCGGAAAGUGGAUAGGACAAAUAAGGUGUGGAAGUCGAUUAUGGGCAAUAUUAAGGUGUCUAAUUUGAGACGCGGGCUGGAAGACAACUGGAGUCAGGAACAAGAGGAGGAAGAGAGUCUUUCGCAGGCUUCUGUGCUGGACGCAAGCCAGGUGAACACGGAAUCGAUGCUUUUCGAAGGAGUGUCGUUUGCACUCGGCUCUGGAUAUACAGACUCGCAAAAGAGCAUACUCAAGAAGGUGAUUACAAGCCACCGCGGCAAAAUACAGGACAAUGCGGACUAUACGGUUGUGAGCUCGAUGCUGGACUCAAUCCCGGCCGCCGCAGAAGAUAACGUAAUCACAGAACUUGCUCUGGAGCGAUCGAUCUACUACAAGACACUGGACUUCGACAGUAUGUGGUCGCGGCCGUUUGUUCCGAGUCCAGAAAACGAGGCGGCUUUAUUUGAAGGUGUCCCGAACCGUGUAGUGUCGAUCACCGGGUUUAAAGGCGUGGAAUUGUCACAUUUGGAGAAACACCUGGCUAAGCUGAGGUCUUGCCAGAUGAGCAGUGUAUUCUCGAAAAGCACGGGGCUGUUGAUAUUCAACGAUGAGCUGCCCAAGUCUGAGCUUCUGACGAAUCAGAAGCUUGUGCUGGCAGCCAAAUGGCGCACAAAAUGUAUUUCUAUCGGCGAGUUCUGGGACGCAUUCAAGUAG